CUCUGACACACUUUAGAUUGUGAAGCUCGGCAGCGCCUCCCGCUGCACCUCUGAGGUCCUGCGUUCUCCUCUGAAAUAAUCCAGUUAUUAAUACUGUUGGAAUCAGCUGGUGGUCUCCACAAACAGGAAACACUGAGUUCGUCCUCAACAGUCACUCAGGGGAUUUUCAAUUUUUAAUCCCAUUAAAUCUCACAGAUCAGUAAAUGUGUAUGAUGGUUUUUAUUUCAUCCUGAUGACAAAUAAAAAAAACAGUGAACAGUGACAACGUUGAAUUCCUUUCACUCUCUUCUGUUUGAAAGAUUUUUUUUUUCUUCGAUCAUGUACAUCGCAUGUCGUCAUGGCGACAGAUGAUAAUCUCUGGUGUCAGUUGCUUCUGUCAGUUGUUUUUUUUCUCAGGUCACAGUUUUGGUCCCGAGGGAAAACGUCCGAUCCCAGGAGUCUUUUUAAAACAACCUUUCUCUUCUUUUAAUUGGUCCCCAGCGUGAGGCCCCUCCCCUCACCUGCUCACCAAUCAGAUCGGUUGUUGUUGCCACCUGGGGCCUCUGGUUUCCAGGUGUGUCGGGGGCGGGAGGAGGGACAGGUGUCGGGAUGAAGAAACAACACGAGCUUUAAAGUGUUGAGGCGUUCGAGGGCUUCACACAAAACACGAAAAAGAACAACUCCAAACAAGACAGGACAAUCAUGAUGUCUCCAGACGACCGCGUCCUGGAGGAGCUGUUGUUCGCCAGCGACCUUGGUGACGAGGCCGAGGGGUCUGAGACGGGCGGCGGCGGCUCGGCGGGGGCGGAGGAGGAAGAGGAGGAGGAGGAGGAAGGUGCUCCUGCAGACAACGAGCCGAUGAUCUGCUGCGCCUGCAGCGAGCAGGUGUGCGAGCGGUUCUUCCUGCUGGCGGCGGGACGGGUGUGGCACGCCGCCUGCCUCCGCUGCAGCCAGUGUCAGUGCGAGCUGCAGACGCACCCCUCGCUCUACUGGAGAGAUGGGAACGUCUACUGCCAGCAGGACUACGGCAGGAUGUUUGGCGGCGGUCAGUGCGCUCGCUGCCUCCAGCCAAUCCCAGCGUCCGCUCUGGUCAUGAGGUCCGGUCAGCUGACCUUUCACCCUCACUGCUUCUGCUGCCAGGAGUGUGACAUCAAACUGUUGCCGGGCAACCUCUACUGCAUCCAGGGCCAGAGUCUCUUCUGUCAAUCACACUAUCACGCCAAAGGCGGCGUCCCACCGUCCCACAAUCCUCCGGCCAGACCACAUGUGAGAGACGCUCAAAAUCAGGUCUCCGCCGAGGGGGAGGAGUCCGUCAGCAGCUCGGAGCCUCGACUGGACGACACGGUGAGCGGCGGACGCGCCCGGCGGCGGACCAAGCGAAUCCGGACGUGCUUUCGCAGCGAGCAGCUCCGAGCGCUGGAGUCGUAUUUUGCCCAGAAGCACAACCCUGACGGAAAAGACUGGACCUGCCUCGCUCACAAGACGGGCCUCCCCAAGAGAGUCCUGCAGGUGUGGUUUCAGAACGCUCGGGCCAAACUGAGGCGUUCUCUCACCGCGGACGACGCACAGGUCAACUCCCCGUCUGCUGCCCUGAGGGCAGGCGUCUCCGUGGCGACCAGCCCCCCGCUCCCCGCGGCCCGCUCCUCACCAGACCAGUCUCCGCUCUUCUCCGCCAGCACCAUCGACCAGCUGCAGCUGUCGCUGCUCACCGCGCCGCUCGGCGACCUGCCCGUGAGCCCGCCCGCCAACCUGCAUCGCCAGCUGCGAAGCCCCGCCUUCUUCCUGGACUACGACUCCCAGAGUGCACCGGGGUGCGAGGACUUUGGCGAGGCAGGAGACGGAAGAGCCCAAACAGACGCUGACCCUGAUCUUUCUUUUCGAACACACUACUGUUAGACGAGCGACUUCUGCAACCGAGCAACUUUAAUGUUGUGUUAGCAUUAGCAUUAGCAUUAGCACCAAGUGUUAAUCUGACCUCUCAUUCAUAAUAAACGUGUC